UUAGAACGGCAGUCGUCGAGUAGUGUCGGUGCACGCGCGGCGCGCGAACGUGGACCCGUCCCCACUCGCCAUGGCGUCCCGCGGGAUUAGGCGGAAGAAAUCCUCUCUCUCGGAGGUGAAAGUUGCGGUGGUCGGCGCACCAUCUGUUGGAAAAAGUGCUCUGACGGUUCGAUUUCUAACAAAAAGAUACAUCGGCGAAUAUGAUCAUCAACAAGACAGCAAGUACAAGCAUGAAGUGUUACUGGACGGCGACCCGAUCUUGUUUGAGAUCUUGGACACGUGCCCAAAGAGCACAGAGGAUCUUCCAACGCAUGACAUCGCACAGUGGGCAGACGGCCUGUGCCUAGUGUACUCUAUCACGGACCGGCAGUCGUUCAACUUCGUGCGGCGCGCCAAGCAGAGCCUACAGCCAGACGUACCACUGACGCUAGUGGGCAAUAAGGCUGACAUGGUGCAUCUGAGACAGGUGAGCCCCGACGAAGGCGAGAUCCUGGCAAAAGACUUCGAGUGCAGUUUCCGUGAGGUCGCGGCAGCCGAACAGGUGGUCCAAGUGAGCGAGGUCUUCCAGGACCUGUGCCGCGAGGUACUCCAGCUCCGGCGCCGUGCCAAGCACAGCCUGCUGGACCGCAUGCUGGGAACGAAGACGGCUUACCGGGUGUAUUCUAGAGGGAAAAGCGACAGUGCAUUGCCGAAGGAUUAA